UUGCUCGCACAGUUAAUGCAAAUGUGUUUAACUGAGAUAUAAAAACACAUUUGCACAGGUUCCCUUCAAAUUACAUUAUUAAGGAGGUUCAAUUAAAUAAUAUGUUACAGAAACGAAACUGGUGGAUUUAAGAACAUACAGAGUUCGCAGAGAGGGGAACCAUGUAUGAGUACAGGAGUCAGGACACUAAUCGUUGGUGCACGGAAGCUGUCUUUUUAGUGGUUCGCUGAGUGACUUUUCUGCUUGAAGAAUAACCCAAACAGCCGACCCGAUGUCUCCACCACAGGUUUACUGCUACAGCGUGGUCACACAGUGAAACCUGCAGAUCAGCGCUGAAAUGUCCCUGCUGAGGAUCACACGCCUCCCUUCUAGGAGACUGCUGAGCUCCAUCCUCCACCAUCAGCUACUCCUCCCGUCCGUCACUCCUCUCGCUGUGCCCAAAAGAGCUGUGAUCCAGGGUGAAUACAGACGGCCCGGCCAGCCCAAAAAGGACAAGUUUCCAUGGCAAAAUAUUAACUUUAGCUUCUCAAAGGGUUUGGAGGGGAUAAAGAAGCAUUUCACACUUCUGAAAAAGGAGUUUACUGACCACUGGGUUGGUCCGGAGGGCAGACCGAUUGUUGAGCACAUGCUGGAGCAGAACAGAGUCGUAUGGGAGUUCAGAGGUCCAGAGAGCCUGGAGGAGUGGACGGUGUCUUCUGAUCAUGAGAUUGGAGGUCACAGUGAAGUUUACCUGAAACUCGGAAAAAACGAUAAUACCUGUUUUCUGUAUGGGACACUGAGCUCUACUCCCCCAAGAGAUGGAGAAACACGCUACAGUGGAUACUGCACUAUGCGCUCAAAGCAGCCACUGGCUUCCUUUGAUAGAAAAAAGCACCAUGAUUGGAGUAGUUUUAACACCCUGCAUCUGCGCGUGCGUGGUGAUGGCCGCCCAUGGAUGAUCAACAUCGUAGCAGAAACAUACUUCUUUCACCAGAAGGAUGACAUAUACAGUUAUUUCCUAUAUACCAGGGGAGGGCCCUACUGGCAAGAUGUUAAGAUACCUUUCUCCAAGUUCUUCCUUACACAUCGAGGGAGGAUACAAGAUGACCAGCACCCUCUCUGGCUAGACAAGGUUAACACCAUUGGGUUUACUUUGGGAGACAAAGCAGACGGCCCAUUCCAGCUUGAGAUUGAUUUCAUUGGUGUCUGCAAAGAUUAUGCACACAGGGAGGAGUUUGCCUAUGAAGCAUACAAGAGGAACCCUGAAGUCUGAGAACAGUUAUAAGCCACAGUCAAACUGUUGGAUCAGUUAGACUUCAUGUUGACAUAAUUUAUCUGGAUUCUAAUUUAUCUCCCUUUCCCAAAUAUAGAAAGUCAGAUAUUGUCACCUGUGACUUCAUUAAAUAUUAUCCAUGAAUCCAUUAAUGAUUCAAGCAGUCUGUUUAUUUUAAAAAUGUAGUAUUAAACA